GGGCUGGGGUCGGAGGGUGGUGGGGCAGGCGCCGCCGCAGUGGGGUCUCGGGCCGGCUCUGCGUGGCGUCGCGCGGUUAUUUAUUGUUAACCACUCUGGGGUUUUAAGUAACGUUUUAUAAGUAGUUAGCCGUGAGGUGCCCGCCCCCGUCACACGAUGAUUGAAAUGCUUGUAACAACUGAAGCUCAGGAAUUGCUAUACCAGCUCAGUGCUCUGUUGGAACAAGAGUUAAGAUAUCAGCCAAAGGCUUCUGGCCUGAGACUAAUUGAAACUGCUCAUGACAAUGGCCUCCGAAUGACUGCAAGGUUGCGAGACUUUGAAGUAAAAGAUCUCCUCAGCUUAACUCAAUUCUUUGGCUUCAAUACAGAAACAUUUUCCUUAGCCGUGAAUUUCUUAGACCGGUUUCUGUCAAAAAUGAAGGUGCAGCCUAAACACUUAGGCUGUGUUGGACUAAGCUGCUUCUACCUGGCUGUGAAAGCAACAGAAGAAGAAGAAAGAAACAUUCCCUUAGCCACUGACUUAAUUCGAAUAAGCCAGUAUAGGUUCACUGUAUCUGACAUGAUGAGAAUGGAGAAAAUUGUGUUAGAGAAGCUAUACUGGAGAAUCAAAGCUACAACUGCCUUUCAGUUUCUACAACUCUAUCACUUGCUCAUCCAUGAGAAUUUACCUUGUGAAAGGAGAAAGCAUCUUAAUUUUGAGAGACUUGAAGCCCAGCUUAAGGCAUGUCACUGCAGAAUCAUGUUCUCUAAAGCCAAACCUUCUGUUUUGGCAUUAUCUAUAUUGGCACUAGAGAUAGAAGAAAAGAAACUGCUAGAAUUGAAGGAGGCAAUAGAAUGCCUUCAAAUACAUUCCAAGACAAAUAGCAGAGACCUAACUUUCUGGAAGGAGCUGGUAUUAAAGUGCCUUGCAGAAUACUCAUCAAGCAAGUGUUCAAAACCAAACGUUCAGAAGCUGAAGUGGAUUGUGUCAGGACGUACAGCACGGCAGCUGAAGCAUAGCUACUACAGAAUCUCACACCUCCCCACAAUCCCAGAGACUGGCUCGUAACAGGAAUCUUAAAAUGGAAAAAUGACUGUCCUGAAGGCUGGUUUACAGUAUUCGGCUGUAGAAUUGAAAACUGAAGCCUAAAACAUAGCAGCUGUUCUAGCAUCUGAAGUUCAACUCUUGGAAAACUGAAACAUCCAGAAGGUUUCUUUAAUAGAUCUUUCCAGCAAAUGCAGUUGUAUUGGUGCUGACUACAGGAGUAAUAAGUAGUAAAUAAUUCCUGAAGGAUGAAUGAAAUAUACAUAUGUAUAACAGUAAAGUAUCAUGCUGUUUUAUAGUAGUGAAUAGCCUCAGACAACUUGGUAGUUAACUGAUAGAACAGCUAGUGUAGUUUAACUUUGGCUUACUGCAACUGUGGCUGUUUAGUUGGAUUACUUCAUGCAAUUUGAUUCUCCACCUCCUAAAACUUGUACGUGGAACAUAGGAGGUAUAAUGUGCUUCAGGACUGCUGAGGCUACCAAAUUGUCUCAGACAAAUCUCCCUGAUACUGCACUGAAUAGUCUCUGGGAUGCAGUUACCUAAGUCAAAUGUUUUGUAUUGUCAUGUUUUGAGUAGCCAUGUUCUCCUGCACAAGGCAUUGGUCCUUUGAUGCAGUGCAGUCCAUUUACUUCACCUCCAGUGCAGAGUUAACAACUCUGGCUAAGAUGAUAAAAUACAAAUCAGAGAAAUGCUGGGAAAGCCUGCAGUUGUUACUCUGCAUCAUUAUUGAACUUGGCCAUCCUUCUACCCUCAUUUUGUGAAAAGUAUAAUUUUGUGAACUUUGAAUGGUGGAGAUUGAAAGCAUGGCUUAACAAGCAAACUGCACCCUAUAUCAGUUUGCAAUGUCCGUAAAACUGCUACUUUGCUAUUUCUGUCUAAAGUCGGAGCCUGACAAUAGCUUUUUCGCUAGGGUCACUUACAGACAAGGGGACAAAUUCUGAUUAUUACACAGGUGCAGUUUGCAUGCCCUCAAUAGAAAUUGUGCAAGUACCACCAUAAUGUAAGAUGAUCAUCAGCUUUUGUUGCCCAAUAGGAAACUGUAUCUAUACCUCUAAUUUUGAGUUCUGAAUUGGCUCUGCUACUUCAUUCUUGGUUUGUCCCUGAAAGACCUAAACCUUGUGUCAAUGCUAGCUCUUCAUCAGUAGAGGAAGGUCAAACAUGAGGUAGUACCCUCUAAAGAUGUUCAGAAAGGGGAUGCCUAAGAGCAAGUAAAGCUGCAGUGUUGUAGUUCAUGAAAUGAAUGGCUCAAGUUGGGAUGUAGGUAGUGAGCUCUGAAUGCUUUACAUCACAUUGCAUGGGAACCUCUUAUUGGUCAAUCAUUAAGAACUCCUGCAUGCACUCUUAACUAAUUUGGGCAGUGGGAGAAAAGAACUGUGAAUAAUUAAAUAAAAUGUGGGGCUGGUACACAAACAUCUAUUUUCCAAAGGCCAACAUUGAUUUUGGGGGGGAUAUUCCACACCCUCCUUCUAAUGUAGUAAAGCAUAGUCAAACUUCCUACAGAGCACUUUAAACUACUGCUAAGUAGUGAACAACUUAAGGGGGAAAAAAUUCUACUAUGAACUUAUAGAUGAAUGUUACCAGCCUUGACCAUGCAGAUAGGUAUGCUGUAUGUAAUUACCACUGCUAACUGGUGAAAAGUAAGCAAAGGAUAGGACAUGCUAUGCACGUUGAAUGCAACUGCUGAAGAUGCACUGUGCCAUUCUUAGAAGUAACAAUGUCUCAGUAUUCAUUAAAGAAUGUACCUUUCAAUAAAAUGUAUUGAAAUGCA